AGUGUUCUAGUGAAAAUGAAGGAGUUGACAGUAAUAUUAGUUACGGCAUUAGCCGCGGGAAGUUUAGGGUUCCUUAUAAAGGUUCCGGAUAUACGACAACCAACAACAAGGAUAAGUUCUAUGGGAUGGAUUCAUAUGCAAAAGUUAUUACUGCCAUUAUUUGACAAUGUCUGUGAAGAAAGCACCGACCCAGCCAUAGUUCGCUUGGCUCAAGAGGUUACUUUAGACUCAAUAGCUGAUAAAUAUACGGAUCCUGAAAUGGUCAAUAAUCUGAAAAAACUUUAUGCUGUUAACGGCCAGCUGCAGAAAGGUGUAAUAUUUACAGAACUGAAUCAAGAUCACAUGUAUGAGUUCCAGUUACUUUACGAUGUUCUGUAUAACGCUCAAACUUUCGACACUUUUUAUAAGACAGCGGCCUGGGCCCGCCAAAACGUGAACUGUGGACUCUUUGUAAAUGCUAUAUACUUAGCAAUUUUGAAAAGACGUGACACAGAAAAAAUAACAGUUCCUGCUCCAUAUGAAUUGUUGCCACACUACUUUAUCCGUCAAGAUAUUAUUAUCAAAGCGUCAUCUCUAUUGGCUGGUGGAGAUGUAGCAGUUACAGAGGGCAUUGUUAAUGAAGGCAACUCGUAUAUAUUAGAUGCUAAUUAUACAUGUAACAUUGAUGCUAGUGGUGAAUCUAAACUAGCGUAUUUCCACGAAGAUGUAGGAUUGAAUACAUAUUAUUUCUUGAAAAAGCUUCAAUACGCUCCUUGGUUUAACACUGAAGAUGUGAAUAGUAAUGAUGCAGAGUACUUGUACCAUUUCCUGAAACAAUUAAACGCUCGUUAUAAUUUAGAGCGGUAUUCAAAUGGACUGACACUACUAGAAAAGUUUGAUUGGACAACAAGCAAUGUCGAUUCUUAUGAUCCGAUGCUUGUGUUUUCUGAUGGACAAGGAUUUACCCCGAGACUCAGUGGUUUGGACAUUACAGGCCUAAAUACAUUACAAAACAUCGAAGACAACAUAAUGAAAAUUAUUCCAACGCUGGUUCAAAAUGGAUAUACUAAAUCACAAAUUAUCAGCAACCUGAUGAACCUUCUGAUGACCAAUGUAGAAAACUACGAAUUGGAUGCUCGCAGAUUCUUUGCAGGUGUUGCGACCGAAAAUAGGUGUCGAUCUGUGUUGGCGCACUAUAUGACGUCACUGCGGGACCCAGUAUCUUGGAAGAUAAAUAAAAAAAUUGUGGAUAUGGUAGAUGAAGCUCUUAAGUCCCUUCCUGGGUACACAAGGAAUGCGUUAUACUUCCCUGGAGUACAAGUUGUAAAUGUAGAAGUCAAGAAACUUGCAACAAUGUUUGAACCAUUCAAAUUUGAGGUAACAGAUGCCUUGAGAAUAUCGACAGAUCGUCCAAUGUUCGACGUCAAUGUAGUUGAAAGCAGAUUGAAUCAUAAACCAUUUACUCUUAAAUUCAACAUCUCGUCAUUAGUGAGUCAGAAAGGAUUAGUCAAGAUUUAUUUGGGACCAAAAAUUUUACCCGGUGAAUUUGCUAUGAAGAAAGAUUUAUACAUGUUGCUGGAUAACUUUGAAUGUAAUUUAAAGAUUGGAAGUAACAUGAUAUCUCGUACAUCUAAUGCAAUCGAGAGAACGUCUGAAGAUUUUGUUUCGCUUAAAGUCCUUCACAAAUUAGUAGAAGACGCAGAAUUUGGAUUAGAUGUUCAACCAUUAAACUCUCUUGAGAAUUUAUCCGGUUUCCCAUCACGUCUAGUACUUCCGAAAGGUACUCCAGAAGGUCUACCAAUGCAAUUACUUGUCUUUGUAGCACCCUUUAUAAAAGUAACAGCUGCAGGAAUAAACGUUAUGCCAAAAACAGAAUAUAAUUCUGCAACCUUAUCUCCUGGGUAUCCAUUUGACUUAGACUUUGAUGAUAAACAAUUCUUUUCAUUACCAAAUGUGUUAGUAAAAGAUAUCAUUAUAACACACAAAGAUAGUCGUGGAGCAAACAAAGGUGAAUAUGACGGGUCAAAUAAAUGGGGUGGAAGUGAUAAAACAAAUAGUUAUGGUCCAAAAAGAGAACCCUAUGAUUAUAAUUUAAAAAAGACUCAAUAUGGUAAAUCCCAAGAUUAUGAAGCGAAAAAAGAUGACCAUGCCACUAUUGUUCCAAAAGUAAAUGAUGAAGUUAUUACUGAUAAUAUUCAAGUACCAAAGGAUUAUGAAGUUGAUGGGCAAAGUAACCUUGACACAGAAAUAGAAGACAGUUCAUAUUUUUCAGACAAGGAACCUUAUGCUCUACGUUUAAUGAAUAGUCCAUACGAAAAGUAUGACUACGAGGCAAGGAAACAAAAGUAUAAUUACGAAGAAAAAAGAAACAAGUAUAAUACUCGUAAUGAAGCCAGAAGAACCAAGUACUAUAACAAAUAUGUAAUUGAAAACAAAACUCCAAAACCAGAAAAUGAUAAGUUGGGAGACAAAAUCAACAUAAACGAUGAUGAACUAUAUAAUAUUGACGAUAUAAAAUUGCAUUCAAAAACGACCUUUGGUAAUAACAUAGAAGACACGGACGAGAAGUUGGGCUCAAUGGUCCGCCGUGAAUUCAAUCAAAGAGGGAAAAUGUUUCUCUGGAUUCUAUUUCUCGUGACUACCACUGCGUCUGCUCCGGCGGAAGAGUAUCGAGCUAUAGUCAACGAAGGAGAAUUCGCUGAUGAUUCUUCAGUUAUGAAGAUCGUGCCUUCGGGCUUUUCGCCUCAGAAGAAUGAUUAUUUUAUUAAACCUGCAUUGGCUGAAGUUGUAAAUAAGGAUAAAUCAAGCUACAAGCGUAUGCUCGAGAUUUUAAAAAAAGGUCAUACAAAACUUGGAUUGACCUUCAAUAUUUAUGAUGAUAACAUGAGAGAGGCUACUAUUGCAUUGUAUCGCCUGUUGCUGGAUGUAGAUGAUGACAAGUUUGACGAUAUUGAACGGUGGGCCAGAGUUAACAUCAAUAAAGACAUGUUUGACUACGCUUGGCGAUUAGCAUCUCUCUAUGGCAACAAAUUUAAGAAAGAAGAAAUGUUACCUCCAUUUAUUAAGAAACCUAACCAUUUUGUUAACAGUGAAGCAAUGUGGAAAGCAAUGCACUUAAAACUAGGCAAUGGCAUAUUUAACGAGGAAGAUGCCAAACUUAACCAAUACUAUAGAACUGAUGAUGUAGUAUCGAUUAAUACUAACUAUUCCGGUUGGAACUUGCCGCAAAAUGGUUGUGAUCGAGAAAUAAAUUACUUCAAGGAAGAUAUUGCUCUUAAUAGCUAUUAUUACGGAGUGCAUUUAUUGCAUCCAUUUUGGAUGAGCAACGAUGAAUUAGAUUUGCUGAACCCACGCCAUGCUGAACAUUAUUAUUUUACACACAAACAACUGAUGGCACGUUACCAACUUGAAAAGGAGCACCUCAACAAGGACUAUAAUGAAACGUGCGAUAUUAACUUAAAUAGUUACAAUUCCUACCUCAUACAUGACUAUGGCCUACCAUUCCCAAUUAAAUCAUCUAUUAAGGAAUGGAAUGAGGGAAGAGCUCGUCUGAAAUCGAUUGACAUUGCGAUAAGAGAAUGCAUUUCUCGAGGACUAUUGGUGGAUAGUAAUGGUACAACCGUUCCCAUGGCGGGAGAGUACAACAUAGAUCUACUAUCCAAACUGGUUCGUGCUAAUCUAGAUAGCCUCAAAUCUGUAAAGAUCAUUAGAUCGAUUUAUGGCUAUGGCGGCAAUGGAUACCCCAUCGACUGGUAUAACCCAGCCCCUUCAGUGAUGCACUUCCCGCACACCUCACUGAGAGACCACACGUACUGGCAUCUUAUUAAAAGCAUGUUGGAAUAUUUCACGGAAUACAGAAAAACGGUAGACAAUUUGGACUUAGCUCAAUACCAGAACAAAAACUUAGCUAUAAUUGAUAAUCGUUUCACAAACAUCACAACAUACUUCGAUUACUACAAAUUUAGUUUAAAUAAGGGAUUAGGAGGUGGCAAUUUACAAUCACCCUUAGUAAUUACAGCGAGGCAAAGGAGAUUGAAUCAUUUGCCAUUCAUGCUCAACUUUACGCUUGACGCAACAAUCGAAUCGGAGGUUAUUGUCCGGCUUUUCCUCGGCCCUCUGUGUAACGCUAAAGAUUGCUGGCAAAUUUAUGACAGAUUUUUUGAAUUAGACGCUUAUAAAACACAAGUUAAACAAGGACUCAAUACUUUAAGUUGGUCAUCUGACUCGUCUGAUAGAUUUUCUUCUGAUGAAUAUUAUAAUAUGGAAGCAUCAGACAAGAAAACUAAUAAGUUUAACCUAUUCAAACUUCCUAAAAAUCUUGUAAUACCUAAAGGGUUAAAAGAAGGACUCAAUUUAACUCUUUUCAUUAUGGUAACACAAACAGAAAAGUCUUCGUUUGAUGAAAUGGCGCCUAUUACCAAUUAUUAUAACCAAGUUUUAAAUGAAGUUGAUAAGAAGCCUUUAGGAUUCCCGUUCCAUAGACAACUAACAGUCCAAGAUGAAUGUUUUGAAAACUGUAAGUUUUAUAAUAUAUCGAUUUAUCACAAAGCCCGUCCAGUUGAUUCUAGUGGUUACUUUUCAUCACAUUUAUAUUAAAUACAUAGCUUAAAACAAUAUGUUGGAUGAAAUUAGCAAAAGAAAAUAAAAUUGUGGGAAUCGGGUUGAUUCGGAUGCUGAACAUGUGACACAAUUUUACCCGUUGCCAUUAU